GUCCCAUUUUCUCCUCUCUCUCGCUUCUAAUUUUUUGGUCACGAAUCGACUUAACACAUUCUCUUGGUAUACUUCGCAAUCAACGUUACUAAGUUUCUCUCAACUUGGACUAACGUCGUUUUUUUACCAGUGUAUCAAGGAAAACGCGUUGUUGAAAUUAAGAGGAGUGUGUUGCUGAAAUGGUUUUUUCGAGAAGAGGCUGCUUUAAAUGUGGAAACGUGGGUCACUUUGCUGACGUGUGCCCAGAGCCAGAGCGAUUGUGCUACAAUUGCAAGCAGCCAGGACACGAAUCGAGCCAGUGUCCCCAGCCUAGAACGACUGACGCAAAGCAAUGCUAUACCUGCGGCGGUGUUGGACAUAUCCAGUCUGACUGCCCUUCUGCGCGUAACGGUUCAAGCGGUGAAGGUCGUUGUUACAACUGUGGCAAUGUCGUAAGUACAUUUCCUUUAUACUAAGAUCGCCAGGAAACACGGGUCAGCUCAGUUUGUUGUUGGCAAUUAAAAUGAUAUAGGGUCACCUCGCACGGAAUUGCAA